AUGGCCCAACAACAACAGCGCGACGAGCCGCAGGCGACCGGCCAUGCCGCCGCCGUCGCCACAGAGCCCGCGAGACCACUGCCGCCGGGCGUGGUGCUCGGGCCUGACGGCAAGCCCUGCCGUGCCUGCUCCAGCAAGACCGCCUUCUCCGCCCUGGCGAGGUCCAUGAAGGCGCCCAGCCCGACCAGCCCGACCAGCUCGACCAGCUCAACCACAACAACAGCAGCAGCAGCAGCAGCCGCCGCCGCCGCCGCCGCCGCCGCCCCGGCAUCCGACUGCCCGGCCGACGUCGAGACCCUGGGCCGCGGCACCUGGACACUCCUCCACUCGAUCGCCGCCACGUACCCGACCAGCCCCAGCUCGUCCCAGCAGAGCGACCUGGUCGGCUUCGUCGGCCUGUUCUCCCGCCUGUACCCCUGCUGGGUCUGCGCCGACGACUUCCGGGCCUACAUCGAGAGGGACCCCGUCAGGGCCGGCAGCCGCGGCGAGUUUGGCAGGUGGCUAUGCGACGCCCACAACGACGUCAACAGGAAGCUGGGCAAGCCCGUCUUCGACUGCUCCACGUGGGAGGAGCGCUGGCGCACCGGGUGGAAGGACGGGAGGUGCGACUGA